CAAGAGGCCCAACCCAAUCCUGCAAAGACAAAAAAAAAGGAUAAGAAGGUAGAAAGUUCAAAUACAUCGACUAUUAGGAGGAGCCCUAGGUUUAAGAAGACAGAAACUGAACAAAGGGAGGAGAGUCCACCUAGGAAAGCCUCAGCUAAUGCUAAAGUGUUGAGGUUUGAUGAAGAAAAGGAUGAUGGAUGUGAAGGAUCUGGUUAUUCAAGUUCAGAUUUGAGUGAUGAGGGACAAGAUUGGGAACCUGGUGAAGAAGAAUUUGAUGAAGGGGAUGAGGAAUGGUAUAUUGAAGGGUCAAAGGAGAUCUUGGCCAAAGUGAACAAGAGCCUUAGGAAAGGUUUGGAGAGUGCAGUAGAUGACAGGGUUGGCAAAGAUAAGAGAGUAGAGUUGAGAAAUGAUUUGGAUGUUGGAAAACCGAAGGUGAAUCCAGAAAGUGAUGCUGAUUCAGAUGAUUCAAGGAGUUUGUGUGGAUCUGAUGAGGAACAGGACUAUGCUCCUUGGUUUAAUGCUGAUGUGGACUUUGACAACCCAAUCAAGUUGAAGUUAAAUCAGAAAUUCAGUAAUGCUUCAGUCUUGAGGAGGGCCUUAAGACUUCAUGCCAUUCAAAACAGGUAUGAGUUCUACUACUUGCAUAAUGACAGUAAAAGGAUUACAGUUCAGUGUAGAUAUAGAUGUGGCUGUGAGUUCAAUAGCUACACUUGUAGAAUGCCUGCUUGUACAUGUGUGGGGGGGGGUAAAGUGUCAGUUCAAGGUGUUUGCAUCAAAACUUGUUAAGCAGCAAACUUGGCAAAUCAAAACCUUGAAUUUAGACCAUUCCUGCUUCAGAGUAAAGAAGAACAAGAUGCUUACUGCUGAAUACAUAGCAGAGAGGUAUUUAGAAGAGUUUAGGAGUAACCCUGGUUGGAGAAUUAAGGAGAUUAGGGCUAACUUCAAGCUCAACUUCACUGGAUCAACCUUUAAGGAGCUGUUUUGGAGAGCAGCUAGGGCCACCACCAUUUUUGAGCAUGAAAUUGCCAUGGAGUCUAUCAAAUUCCUCGAUGAAGAGGCAUAUGAGUAUUUAAUCAACAUUCCUCCCCACCAUUGGUCUAGACAUGCAUUCACACCAAACUGCAAGUCCAACAUGUUGUUGAACAACAUGUGUGAGACUUUCAAUGCAGUCAUUAGGCCUGCCAGAGAUAAACCUAUCCUCACCCAAAUGGAAUGGAUGAGGAGGUAUAUUAUGAACAGGAAUAAUGAAAAGUGGGAGGAUUCAAAAACAAUUACACACAACUUAGUGCCAUAUGUGAGGCAUGUUCUGGGGAGGAUAGACUUUGUGGCUAGGUCCUGUGUGGUGCAGCCAUCCAGAGGGAAUACAUUUGAGGUGCAGCUGAAGGAUGACCAGGUGUUGGUUGAUUUGGACAAGGAGACCUGCACAUGUUACCAUUGGGAACUCACUGGCAUUCCAUGUGUUCAUGCUUAUGCCUGCAUAUUGGAUAUGAGGGGUGACAUAGAGGCUGUUGUUGACCCAUACUAUACCAUGGACACAUACAGGUCUGCUUAUGAACCAGCUGUCCAACCAAUGCCUGGCCCAAAGCACUGGGAGAGAGUCAGAAUGAGGGAACCACUACCCCCUUCUGUUAAGGUGCAACCUGGGAGACCAAAGAGCAAAAAAAGGAAGCUUGAGCCAGGAGAAUGUUCUUCUUCAGGUGGUCAGGCAAGUACCAAGAGGAAGAAGCAAUGCAGCAACUGUGGGGGAUAUAGGCAUUAUGCCAAGACUUGCAAAGUACCUGCUGCACCAGCUACAGAGCUGAUAAAGUCAGCAGGCAGACCCCCACUGAACACUCCUUGGAUGGUGGAGGAGAGGAAGAAGAAAGAGAUUAGGGCUGCUAAAAAGAGUGCAAUUGGGGCUGGACCAAACAGCAUAGGAAACAAAAAGUUUCCUCAAGAGCAAGAAGGUUGUCUGCCAUUCAGCAAGCGCCCACAGCCACAGUCUUCCUCAGCUAAGCAUUCCUCAGCUCAGCCAUCCUCUAGUCAGCCAUCCUCAGCUCAGCCUUCCUCAAGUCAGCCUGCCUCAAGCCAACCAAAAAGAAAGACAAGGUCUUCCUCAAGUCAGCCUACAACAGCCACAGGUGUUGUAACAAGGGCCAGGCUGCAAUCCCUCAACAACCUUACUCAGUGAUGUACUCAUGCUGGAUAUCAAACAUUAUGUCUGUUGAACAAUUUCAAACUUUUAUUAUGUACUCAUGACUGGUUAUGUAACUUGCUAGUUUUUUAGUGGCUUCCCUUAACAAAUUUGAACAAUUAGAUAUUGAAUUGUAAUGGUUGCAUGGCUUUGAUUGCCAUUGAAACAUGUUGAAGUAAGGUUCUUUUGUCAACCUGUACUUGAACUAUCUUAGUGUUUCACAUAUUUCCCAUGUUUUAAUGUUUCACAUGUUUAAAUAGGUUGAUUAAAAGACAAGGCAUAAAUAGGAACUUAGACAAGGCAUAAAUAGGUUGAUUAAAAGACAUAUUUAUAACACUUCAAGUCAUUACAAGAAAUUAUAACUACUUAAUACAGCUUACUAUUACACACCCCUAGCCAUUAGGAAAAUUACACCCAUUGACAAACCUAUACAAAUGGCCAUGCCCACCCAACCAAAACAGCUGAUUGAAGACACCUUCCCUUCAUUGCACUCCCUGUUCAUUCUCUUCCUGUCAGCGUUCAAGGCCUUGCAUCUCAUCUUCAAAUUAUCAACUUCAUUAAGUAGGCACCUCCUUUGGCCACUGAUUUCAUCAACUUCCCUUUUCAAUUCAUUAACUUCACCCUUUAGCAGCUUCUUAUCCAACAACAGGUUGUUGAUAACCCCUGUUUGCCAAUCUGUUCCA